GAUGAAUGAUGUAUUACGGCACUGCUGCUGCUGUUGAACUCUCAUCUCAGGUUUUCUACACUUUUUUUGUUAAUUGAGGUCGCUGUCGCAAAGAGGAAGGCUUUUCGCUACAUAUUUGAAUUUCCCAUCGGAAUAAACAUUGCACUUUGCACAAUAUGGGUGCAAAUCAAAGCGAACAGCAAGUGUCAAGGUACUACGAUGCCCCGAUCGAGGCGACGACUGGUCCAACCCCCGCAGCUGCGGCAGCAGAAGGAGGUAGCAUACCGUAUACAUUCUACUCUGUGGACAGGAACGUUCCAGCUCCUCCGAAAGAUACUCGAGUGCAGGCCUUGGCCAAACAGCAGCAAGGGAGGUCGUCACCAACAAAGGGCUCCCCACAAAGAAGCCCAAAGGUCGGGUCAACGGACCACAAGAUUGUGACGGUGUCUUCGGGGAAUCAAGGAGCGGACCAGUCCUUGUCUUUUGAGAUCCAGAAGAUGAGAGAUAUCCCGACGUUCCUACCCAUCCUAAAGGGUACUCACAACAUUCCGCAGGUUGAGGAUCCCCAGCAGAUGGAGAAAAUGGACCAUAGGCAACUGCUCUUGUUAUGUUUACGCUACCAACAUCAUCUGAGGCAAUGUUCAGAAGCAGUGACCUUUGACCAGAAUGCUCUGACAGGGAGAAUCAAAGAGGUUGAUGCCAUCAUACACAGUAUAAUGCAGUCGAUGGCGGAGCGUCAGAAGCGCUUUGCGAAGCAUGCCGAACAGAUACAGAAGAUCAAUGAUAUGUCAAGUACCUUGAAACGCGUUCAGAUGAACGUAGACCAGCUAAUCCCCCUCAUGGAUCGUCUGAACAGUGUCUUGCCGGAUACAGAGAGACUAGAGCCUUUUACGAUGCGCCCUACAGGGCCAAGGACUUGAUCAGCUAAUCUCACAAAUGGAUCGUCUGAACAGUAUCUUGCCAGAUGCAUAGAGAUUAAAGCCAUUGAAGAUGUUACCCACAGGGCCUAGAGCUUGAUCAGCUAGCUAAUCGUGCUUGUGGAUCGUCUGAACACAAUCUUGCUAGAUGGAUCAUAUUUGGUCAGUUUGAUCGAGUCUUGAUCGCAAUUUUCUCAAAUUGGGAGAGAUCUGUUAUCCCACACCCAUUGAUGUUAGUUUUGAUUUCGAAGAAUGGAUGAAGCUUUAAAUGUGCAAUUGUCAUAUGGUUUUGAAUGUACUAUAAUAUGGAGGUAUAUAAUGGAAUAUUCAGAUACCCCCCUUCCCUUGUAGGCCUUCUCUGUGGGUACAUGCUUACCCCCAACUUUCUGAUCGACUAGAAUAGAAAUGGCCAAGGACUUGAUCAGCUACAUGUAAUCUCACACAUGGAUCGUCUGAACAGUAUCUUGCCAGAUAGAGAUUAAAGCACUUGAAGUUCCGACCCACGGGUUGCAACUUUUUCGCUGGGGGCAGCACAUGUAAAAGUGAGGUUUGCGGCAUUUUGCAUUUUGUCAAGUUAAAUUGGAGGAUUUGGCGUAUACGUUAACAUUGGUGACUUUUGUGAAAAUUUUUAGUAAAAAGUGUAAAUUCAUAAACAUUUCUUGGGGGGACAACUGCCCCCCCUCCGGCUGCGUACGGUCAUGGAUCAUCAGCUACAUACCGGUAGCUACAUUGUACAUGUAGUGUAGGUAAUUUUGCUUGUGGAUUAUCUGAACACUGUCGUGCUAGAAACAGAGCGGCUAAAGCCUUUUACAAUGUGCACCACUUUGGGCUUAGGACUUGAUAAGUUAAUCUUGCUCAUGGCACAGUGUCUUGCCAGAUACAGAGUGAUUAAGAGGCUUUUUCGAUUUUACGACUUGAUCAGAUUUACAGCGCACCCUGUUGGGACUAAGACUUGACUUGAUCAACUAAUCUUGUUCAUGAACUGUUUCUUGCCAAAUACAGAGAAAUAAAAGGCUUUCAUGGUGCAUCGUGGGACUUGAUCAACUAGUCUCUUUGAGUGGCAUGAAAACAUCCAUGUGCGAUACAUCAUUCCAUUCACAUAAUUAGUAGAAACCUUAAGGGGGUAGUGUGGGGCUGAGUGUCACUUCCAUGGAAGAGUGGACAGCUUCCACAAGAAUCAUGCCGAGUAAAGCACAAUAAACUAAAAUAACAAUUCAAGGUGUCCCAGAGUUGAACACUUUAAACUUAGAUUUCAUUUAUUAUUUGUGCGGUCGGCGCAAAUUACAUACCCUUUUGCAUUUUUUUUUAAAUUGUGAUUUACGAGGCAUUUUCUCAUUUUCAGUUGUUUUGACACUCUUAAGUUCUGUACCCUACAAGCAACCCCCACCCCCCCCCCUUUCCCGUUUAUUUUGUUCUCUCAGAGUCCCAGACGCUGUCCACUCUCCAAUGGGCCCCGUCUUACAAAGAGUUAUGAUUGAUCCAAUCAGUCGUAACUCUGGAAAUCCAUUAGUGUCAUAAUUUUUUACUAGAAUUUUGCACAAUGCCCUUUGUAAGCAAAGAAAAACACAGUGGAUUUUAGAGAAAACAAUGAAUGCCUAAAUAUAAAUCAUAGUUAAAAAAUAUUUUUAACAGACAUGUUUUUUAGAUGGUGACGUUGUUGGCUGUCAAUUGUUGUGAUUGAUUGAAUCAUUCAGAACUCUCUGUAAGACGGGGCCCAGGGCCCUAUUUCAUAAAAGUUGAUGAUAGUAACUCUCGCUGGAAUGUCAAUUACGACAACAGUGAACAUACUGCUUUUUGAUCGGCUCUUCCAAUGAAAGUUGACAUUCUAACAAGAGU